GGGCAAUUCUUAUGAUCUCCUACCCCAGGUCUUCAGCGCCAUGACAGUUUCAUACACCCUCAAAGUGGCAGAGGCCUGCUUUGGAGGCUUCUCUGGGCUGCUUCUCUGUUGGAGGGCAAUUAUCUACAAGCUCCUCUACAAGGAAUUCCUGCUCUUCAUCAUCCUGCGUGCUCUGCUUAGCAUCACCUACUUGCUGCUGCUGACCCAGGAGCAGAGGCAUGUGUACACUCAGGUGGCCCGAUACAGCAACCGCUCUGCGGACCUUUGUCCUUUGUCUUGGCGACCAGGUUUCUACGUGACCUUGGUGGUGAACCGCUGGUGGGCCCAGUACACAAGCAUCCUGCUGCCAGACCAGCUGAUGUGUGUCAUCUCGGCCAGUAUGCAUAACGUGGAUCAGCACGGACGCCUGCUGCGUCGCACCCUCGUGCGUUACGCCAACGUGGUGUCAGUGUCCGUGCUGCACUCAGGCAGCGCACACGUACUCCAGCGAUUCCCCACCGUGGAGCACGUGGUGGAUGCAGGUUUUAUGUCCCAGGAAGAAAGGUUUGAGAGCCUGAAAUCCAACUUCAACAAGUACUGGGUCCCCUGCGUCUGGUUCACCAACCUGGAGGCCCAGGCCGGGAAGGAUGGGCGAAUCCGUGAUGACAUGGCUCUCUGCUUGCUCCUGGAAGAGCUGAACAAGUACUGGGCCAAGGGCAGCGUGCUGUUCCUCUAUGACUGGAUCAGCAUCCCUCUUGUCUAUAACCGAAGGGGGAUCUUUGUGACCUGCGGCUGCCCAGCCUGGGUAUCCCUGCUAUCGGUGGAUGACAUGUACUAGAAUCUGCCUCCUGCCGAGAAGGACCCAUACUGGGACGAAGGCUCAGUGCAGCUGCCCUACACUGCGGCCACUGUGGCCGAGUCGCUGCGGCCUUCUUUCGUGGGCUCCACUUUCAAGCUGCGCGUGAGCGACGACCCGGAGCAGAGCCUGCAGGUGGAGGCGGCGCCCCCUGGGUCGGCUCAGCUGUUGCCCGCCGUGCAGACCCAGCUGCUCAGCAGCUUCGUGAGCGCAGGAGAGCCCUUCACUGCUGUCAGCCUCGAGAACUUCGGCGGCGCAGGAGGAGACCUCCGGAGCCCUCAUCUGCUGCGCUUCCGAGUCCAGCAGGGUGGCGACCCGGAGGCCGGGGACUGCAUCGAGGAGGAGACGACGGGGUCAGGGGAUCAGGGCCAGGAGCCUUGAGCAGAGGCAGCGGGGCUGGGCCACCCUGCCUGCCUCCCCAGG